GAAGCAAAUGGAACAUUACGUAAGUUAAAGGCCUUAACAGAACCAAAAAUGGUGACAAUAUUUAACGGGAAAUAGAAUACAGGGUUUCCUCGGAUUUAUCAAAUUUUACAUAGGAAAGGAAACAAGUGUUCUCUGGACAGUCCUUUCUAAAUAAAAUAUGUGAUGUUCUGUAGGAUUAAAUAUUGUCUGAUAGAAUCGACAAAUUUUAACAUGAAAAAAGGCAGAUAGAAUAAAUGAAAGUUUUGGACGUUAUACUUAACACUGCUUAGAAAAAUUUCUUAACGUAGAAAAGACAUUCCGAAUUUGUGAUCUUUAUUGUAAGACCGGUAGCAUCAGAGUCGUUUGCAAGUGUCAGGAAACAGAGCAUCAUCCAUGUAGAUAUUUUUCCAGAUCAGGAAAAUGAGGCGGUGAACAGCUGCAGCAAAGAAUGCAACAAAUCGUUGAUAAAUACAGUCGUAGAUAUUUCAAAUGACCAAACUUCUGUACAGAUGAUAACUGACGCCGCAAUACCUGAAAAUGACAUGUUUUUAAGCGUUUGGUUUCAGAUAAUAAAACAAACAUAGAGCGUGUAAUUUUAAAGCACAUAGAUUACUCCAGAAGAUAUGACGAACAAAUCUACAUCUGAUUUGUAUUGAAUAAAAUGAUACAUACAAAAUAUGCGAUUAACAAUUGUCUGAAAGCAUAACCACUGAAACUGGAAAAAAUUGAAAUGGAAAAUCUAAAUCUGAAUAUUGGUAGAUGUGUAGAUAGUGAAACUGAUAUCGCUGAAUUUCAUCGACAAGUAGACCUGUUGUUUUCCAUAGAGGAUGAAGAAGAAUCCGAUACCUUAAAGGGAGACUUGGCAUCGGCAAAUGAAAUACUCGAAGAAGACGAAAGACUAAGUGUAGAAACUAACAAUGUCAAAGAUAUACAAUUUCUUACGAAUGAAACGGACAAAAGUAAUGUGCAAAAGGUCAGAUUUUCUGAGUUAUCCAAAUUUCCAACAAAAAGUAAUGCUGACAGUACUUACACAAGUAACGAUACUAUCCGGAAUAAAUGUACUACAGAAAACGAAAUAUAUGAUGGGGGAAGUAAGGAUAUAGAUGACGACUUCUAUUUAUCGACAAGAUCUACAGAAACCAACACGUGUCACAUAAGACCAGAAAUUGUUACUGAGCCUGAUGAGGGCAUUGUAUUAAAACACGUUGGUCACACAAAGAAUCUUUCUACCAGCAUUCAUUCAGAGACAGCGAAAACACUGAAAAUAGCUAAUUUGAUCGACAGUCCAGACAGAUGCCGUGUUGGUAACUACACCACUGAACAAGAUGAGUUAUCAUUCACAAUGACGGGCCCUAAUGUAAAAUUUGACGAGACACCCAAAGAACAACUUUCUCGAGAAACAGUUUUCAAACCAGGACACAAUAUUUACAAAGACUUAGAUAUACAGACACCGACAUUAUAUGAGAGAGCAAAUGAGGAUACCCAUGAAAGCACUUUCAAUGAAAAACUUUCAAGAGACGCUUGUAGAGCAUUUAUUGCCAAAGCCUGGAAAAGACUUGUAGAAAAUAUGAACCCAUGGCUUUUACUAGAUGAAUUUCGAGAGAUACAAUUCUUCCACAAUAUUGACCAGAGAGACAUCGAGGAGAGUACAUCGACAACAGCAGCAAACAGAAAAAUUCUUGAUAGAGUAAGAGCAAAAGGGUUUGACGGAUACCUGCGGUUCAAGGAAUGUUUGGCGUCAUCAAACCAAACGGAAGUACUUCACAUUCUUAACACUAUUGACGACAAUAUCCCAACAAGAGUUGCACUGCAAUAUAAGGGCAAUACGUGCAAAAAGCGUGUAUCGAUUAAAUUAAAAGAUUUGAGACGAGAUUUGAUCAUGUUCUACAUGUCUGAACAUAGUACGUUACCGUUGUCACCCCUACUGGAAGAGAAUGAUGCAGCGCUGGUAAAAUUCUAUUCGCCACCAGUCAUGGUAAACAUUGAAGCAGGAUCGAUAGCAGAUGAUUCAUGCAAAAAGAUUGACUCGUACAAAGAAUUAUUUUUUGAAGAUUCAGAUUUAUGCAAGAAUUUAUAUAUCAUAUCUGAUGCUGGCUAUGGGAAAACCUCUUUUGCGAAAAGGCUAGUGAUGGCAUGGUGCCAAGCACAUGAACCCAAAAGCGAAUACGCGGGGUUUUUCGAAGUAAAUGACCUCGAAACAGUCAAAAUGUUUGACUUUGUAUUUUUCAUUUCGCUACGAGGUUAUAGCGAAGUAGAAUGUAAAGUAGAGUCAAUGAUAUAUGACCAAAUUGAGAAUUGUUUACCAGUGACAUACACUUACCAAGAACUGCAAGAGACCCUCCGAAAUGAAAGAUGUCUCGUUAUCAUGGAUGGACUUGAUGAAUGGUCUCAUCCAGUCUCCGGAGUAUGUACUAACUUGUCAGAAAUACCACACAGGAAAGUCCGAGAUAAGACAACUGUUUUAACAACAGCAAGAUCAUGGAAACUUAGUCUGGCGAAACUUAGAACCGUUGAUAUUGACAAACAAGUAGAAAUCACGGGACUUGGUCAAAGUUCGUCGUAUAAUCUGAUACACACUGUCAUUGGGCAUCUAAAUAAAAGACACAAUCUGGACAAAUCGUCCGAAGAACUUGUAAAAAUCAUAAAAGAAAACAAUUUAGAGGAAUUAGCGACGAUACCAUUGAUUGUGAUGCAGCUGAUAUGUUUAUGGUAUGAUGGCGUGUCUAUCGGGAAGUCUCGAUGUGAAAUUUACAGUAGUAUAACAGAAUUGCUGUUAAAGAAAGGAGAGAUGAAAACCCCGUUGUAUAUACCAGAUGACAACGAGUCAAGUGACACAAAAUUCCUUUUUAGAAAUGUUUUGUGUAAGAAGUAUCAAAAGUACCUGUUAGCACUUGGAGAAUUAUCAUUUAACACUCUUUUUGGCGAUGAAAGGUAUUCGGUUGUAUUUGAUAGGUCAAUUGUUGACAGAUAUUUGUCAAAACAGUAUUUGCAAUUUAGCUUUGAUACGGGUCUUUUAAGACAGUGGAAAAUCGCAGGAAAACUUACCCGCAGAUGUUAUAGUUUAUGUUUUCUUCAUAAGACAUAUCAAGAAUUCUUCGCUGCGCUGCAUAUAGCUUCACAAUCAUAUCAUGGAGUCAAGGUCUGUGAAACAAUUGAUAAUUACUGUAGAAAUUUGAAAAAAAUCCUGGAAAUGUCGAAAGUAUUCGUCUUUCUAAGUGGAAUCAAUUCAGGACUGUCAGAAAAUAUAUUCCGUCGAUUGUCACAACGUUUGACUAUAGAUGGUGUGGUAACACGCUAUAGGGCUUGCUUGCCGUAUGAUGGUAAUGAAAACAAUCUACGAAAAAGCCUAAAAGCAGUUGCAAAUUACCAGAAUUUGGUAUUAGAUUGCAUGGGGGAAAGUGCUGCCUGCCAGGAGAAACUUUUGCCCCUCUACUUAGCAGACAUAUUAUUAGUUUUCAGUCACGAUCAAAUGAAUGAUCCUUUAAAACACUUGCGUGCAUGUCAUUUGUCGAAAGCUGUCAAUAAAAAUGUGGAAAACAUCACUUCGGUCUCCAUAAUGUACAUAUCGAACACGUAUAAAACGACGUCGGAAGACGAGGACUCUCAUAGUUCCAGUGAAUAUUUAAAUACCUUGUGUACAGAAUUGUUGCCCUCUUUGCAGAAGAUUCAGUUACAUGGUGGCAGAGAUCCCCGAAAUGUAUUUAUGCCAAUAGAAAUCAACACUUUGAUAGAAAAUGCAAGUGAAACGAUCAUAAGUUUAGACCUCGAAGCAUGUAGUUACAAUUACAAAAUUGCAUCUAUCAUACAAAACAUGGCUAAUUUGGAAUCUCUGCGGAUCAGCAGCGUCAAGAUGGAUCAUCGAGAAAGAAACGAAUUGAUAUUGUCCUUAAAUGGGAAUCAUUUACAAAAGCUAAAACAACUGGUACUUCAAAACAUAAAGUGCUACACGAACAAAUCAUCCAAGUACGGUUUGAAACUGAACCUGUCAAAGUAUCUCCAUCUUCACUGUAUUAGCUUGCGAACGCUUCCAAUAUCUCAGCUUGAGCUCCCAGCUGAAGGACCGAUGACAUAUCUAUGUCUGGACCAAAUGCCAUUGAAGCAAUUGAAUCUCGCUCCUCUUAAGCACCUACAGCAUUUGUCGAUUGCAAAUCUACGUGUUUACGAAGUAGACGUUUCGCAAAAUGUAGAACUGAAGCAAGUUCAUAUUUCAAAUCUCAGGAUUACCAAACUGGACUUAUCGAUGUUGACACAACUUUCUGAAAUAGACUUGGGAAAUCUGCCGUUAACGGAGUUUGGAAUGACAGAAAAGUCUCACGUAACAUGUCUCAUUUUUAAACAAAUUCCACUCUCAAUGAUGAAAAUGAAUAUCGGAGAAUGUUUCUCCAGACCUGAAACAAGGAGACUGAUGCUACCGGAUUUGGUUCACUUGAAAUAUUUAGAUUUUUCUUAUUUAGAUCUUGGUGAUCGCGAACUCAUCGUAACACAAAACUUGGAAUCACUGGGACAUGUAUGUUUGAAACGAGUAUCGAUGAAAAUAAAUGUGCUACGAAGAUUUGUGCAGUCAGUGGAAGCAUUCAAAUCAUCAGUGUGUGUUACGUUAUGUGACUGUGAUAUUUUUACUAGCGACGAAUUCAGAGCAUUGAAGGCUCAGGUGAGGUCGCGAGAGGCAUUUAUUGUCAUGAAGGAUACUGAAAGGCCUUCUGAUGAAUUUUGUUUUAAGAAUGUGCUCAAAAAAUUCUAGUAACAGUAGUUAACAUUCGAUAGCCAUUUUUAGAGCUGUCCUUGCGAAAGCAGAACUAUAAGGAUCAAACGUUCAGUUUCCAAAAAGAGGGAGUAUUAGCACUUUGAUACGGCAAAAUUGAUGUGAAAGUAAUUGAAUAGUUGAUAAGAUAUGGAGACAUGGUGUAUUAAAGAAUGGCAACUUAAUCGGUAAUUACUCAAAGAGUAGUGGACGAAAUAGUGAGCUUUCUCGUUUUCAUAAUUGUUCAAUACUCCUCUGAAGUGUACACGUAGGUAAACCAACACAAACUGUAUUACACCAAAGAUAGUGAAAAUCUCACCAAACAAAUUCCCCCUUCUCAUUUUGAUCAAAGCGGACACAAUUUCACUUUGACGUUUGCCAAAUAUGAUUGAUUCGUUCAAAGCAGUGUAUAAUACUUAAUGAAAACCUUUAAUCAUUUUAUCAUAUUUAGAAUACAUUUAGAAUACAUUUUGGAAAGGUCUUUUAAAUCUUAAAACUGAUAAAAUAUUGCUGAUCAUAGUCAUAACUACAACGGGAAAUAGGCAUAUAAAAGAAAUGAAAUGUCUAUCUAGGGAUGACACCCUGCACCCAGAAGAUUUACUUAUUUAUACAGUAUUCAUUGCUGAAGGGAACCGUUUCUCAGAAUGUUGAUAUCAUUUUAUAUCCUUACUUGUGCAGUGACAGGGGUUACACCAUUUAUCAAUAAAUAGAUGGUUAUAUAAUUGAAAUGUGUGUUCUUCAAAAUUAUGUGUGACGGACCCUUCAAGCAGGACGUAGUAUAUGAAAUUCAACAAAAUAUUUGAUUAUAUGCGGACUUUAUAGUGGAUAAUAUAUUUUUCAUUAUUUAGCGUCCUAUGUCUUUUUUGUUAGGCAAGAAACCACAUGAUUUGCGAUGAUUUUAUCUGUAUAGAACCUUUAAAAAAACUUUAAUUCUUUUCGGGUUUAUCUAAAACAUUCAAGUAUGUUAAUAACAAAACGAACACUUUGGACGUUUUAGACGUUACUGAUAUAUUUAUUUGGAAUUCAAUGGAAAUCGUUUCCUGAAGGACACACAAUAAAAACUGAAAACGUACAAUUUAUAUAUUACAGAUAAACUUUACAAAACUUUCAUAAGAUCAUUGUGCAACCUGGCGAUAGGUUAUCGACUGGAGUUUUUUGCUGUUUAUAUUUUACAGAACAUCGACGAUAUUUAUUGAGAGAUUCUCAAAUACUUUGGGACAAAUGUUUGCUUCGAUAAGAUGAUAUGUCAUGUGCAAAAACCAGAUUGGUAACUUAAAGAUCAAGGUCAUACUUAAAGGUCAAAGUGAAAACUUAGUGCAGUUAUUCUUGUCCGGGCUAAUGUUCUUAAAUAAUUUGGCAGAAAUGUUUGCCGCAAUCAGGUCUGUCGCCGCCAGAUAGUAUCAUAAAUGUUAGUCCAUUUGACAGCUGACGGGCUCGACAUGUUGCUCUUGGGCAUCUAGUUUUGUCAAUCUCAUUUCAUAAAUAUUCGUGUCAGAAAUUUUAUAAAUAGUAGCUGUCUUAAAAUGUGACCGUACGGAUAUUCUAAGUACGUAUAUCAUUUGUUUUGAUACAGUUAAUUCUUAACAUUUUGUUGAAUUAUCCAGAAUUUAUAAUUUAUAAAAUGGUCUUUCUUAUCUAUUCAUACGACUCAUACGGCCACGUUAAAAAAAAAUAAAGAUUUUUGUACAAUUUUCCUGGAACAUAUUUUAUAGCUUUCUGUGACUUUUUCCCAUUUAAAUGUACAGUUUCUUGGUUUAAAUUAAGUUUAACUGCACAAAGGCUUUUUCUUAUGAAAUAGUUAAGAUGUAUAAUUGUAUUACAGAUUUUUAUAUCACCAUUGCAGAAUUUAUACAUUUGUUUUAAUAGUUGAAAAAAUUUGUUGUCAGCCUUAUUGUUACACAUACAGGUUUAGUAUUGAAAUUGCUAUAGUUCAGCAUCAGUACAUAUUAAACUGCAAACGGAGAAUAUACAAAUAUAUUUAUUUAUACAAAUCAGCUACAACAAAUAAUUAAUGUUUAUUUAUUAUUU